AUGGCUUACACAGAUCACAGUGUCCGCGUCACCACCGUCGGUCCAAACCAGACCACCGUGGAGGGCACAGUCUACACGGCCGAUCCCCUGAGCAAUCUCGUCGUCCUCAACCUCAGCGCCACGGCGCCAACUACAAUCAACUCCACCUCUCUAGUUGCUCCAGCAGGCGCGUAUCGGAUCAUUCCUAUUUCGCAAAUCAGCAGCUUUCAACUCCUCUCCAUUCCCCAGCAACCAAGUGAAUAUCCAACCAACCCAGCCCUGAAUUUGAUCGACAUACAUGCUGUCCAAUCCCGUCUCGCCAGAAAUCUAUCCGCCCAGCAAGCGGCGCAAGCACGGAUUGGUCCCAAAGGCACUACCCCGACUGAUCAAGCACUUUUUGAAGCCUUGUCUCGAACACAUCCGGCUCGUUGGACUGGCAAUAUGAUGCUCAUCUCAGACACAUACUUGAUCGAAAAGCCAUAUGGUGCUGUGAAUGUCAAAUUCGUCGAGGGCCGCCGCGGGGACCUUGAGCGGAUGAAAAAGGUGGUCGACAUGGAGCGACAAAAGAUCACGCUGAGGAUAUCCAAAGGCUUGAUUGAUGGGAAGCUAUCUGACAGCUCGGCUAGUAAAGGAGGUCUGACUGCGGGUGCCAAAAAGGGUGGCUAA